CAUUACUUCACUUUUGCAAACUUCUUUUAUGGACCAAUCGCAAACCUACUUACAGAACUUACACAGGAUGUGGAGGAACAUGGUGGAUAGCAUCAAAAAAGUCUCGUGUCAAGAGCCACCGAUGUCAUGAAGGUUACCGCAGCAUCAAUCAUGGAGUAUUAUGUAGGAGCACCAUGACGCAUAUUGGAGAGUAGUGGCUCAAUGUUAUCGAAUCUCGUGCUUUCUUUCUCCAUCUUCUACUAUCCGCCAACAGGCCGUCGAUGCGGCACCAACGUUAUACUCGUCUCGAGUCAGACGGGGAGUUCCAGACUGCUCACCCUCACGACAACUUAGAUCUGUUCGAGUCCGUCAAUGAAAGAUAUAAGCAUUCCAGUCUAGGAUCCAUAGAGGGCAAGUUCUCUCUACCACCUGACCCAAACACAUGGGGAUCCGCCGUAUCGAGGGACCAACGUGAACCUGACGAUGACUUCCACGAUUCCGCCCGAGAAAGACCAGAAACGAGUCUCUUCAGCAGUCGAGGCUUGCGUAAUGUAGGAUGUCUUCUCGUAUUGAUCUCUAUGAUACUAGGACUCUUCGUCGGCUAUCCGAUAGUGUCCUACACUCAGAAACUUUCUGUACCAAUGAUAGGAGUCAACGCUACAGGGCAGGUCCCUCUACUGACUGGGGGUUGGGGUUUAAUAGACGUCGACACUCCUCAAGACGCCCACACAUACAAAUCUUUUGACGCUGGGAAAGAGCUACAGCUCGUCUUUAGUGACGAGUUCAAUGUGAAUGGUCGGACUUUUUAUCCAGGCGAUGACCCUUAUUGGGAGGCAGUGAACUUGCAUUACUGGCAAACAAACAACUUGGAGUGGUAUGACCCAGAAGCCGUCACAACUGAGAAUGGUGCACUGAAGAUAACUCUCUCUCGUAAAACGACCCAUGGCAUGAAUUUCCAAGGCGGUAUGAUACAGACGUGGAAUAAAUUUUGCUUCACUGGAGGUCUAGUCGUGGCAAGUGUCGUGCUUCCAGGGUUUUCAAAUGUAGCGGGGCUCUGGCCAGCCAUUUGGUCGAUGGGUAAUCUCGGUCGUGCCGGUUACGGAGCUUCUCUCGACGGACUCUGGCCGUAUUCGUACGACGCAUGCGACGUUGGCACCUUGAAAAACCAAACACUCAACGGGGAACCGCAUCUUGCCACCAUUGACGGUGACGCAGAAUUUGGUGGCGUCCUUUCUUAUCUUUCUGGCCAAAGACUCUCGAGAUGUACUUGUGACGGCGAGUCCCAUCCUGGCCCAAAGCAUCCCGAUGGAUCUUUUGUGGGUAGAGCGGCUCCUGAGAUCGAUAUGUUUGAAGCUCAAGUCGGAACCAAUUUCGACAAAGUCGGUGGGACCUUGCAUGGGGAAGUGUCGCAAUCUGCCCAAUGGGCGCCCUUCAACUACAAAUACGAAUGGCCUGAAAAUGGGAAUACGAGGAUAGUUCGUGACUCCAGUGUUACUGUGGAGAAUGGCUACAAAGGUGGCGUGUAUCAGCAAGCAACAUCAUACGUCACCAAAACGGAUCCCGAAUGUUACUCUAUGGAGGGAGGAUGUUUUUCUAUCUAUGGAUUUGAGUAUAAACCAGGUUAUAACGAGGGCUACAUCAGUUGGAUGUCUAAUAAUCGAUUAUCAUGGACGAUCAAAGGCAGUGGCCUGGCCGCCGACGAGAACGUCAAGAUUUCUGCUCGCCCUAUAUCUCAAGAACCAAUGGUUUUGACCAUUUCUUCCCGAUUUUGACCUCUGACUGACACUUGGUCUUUGAUCAGUACCUCCUUAUCAAUCUAGGACUAUCCAAUAACUUUGGAGAUGUCGACUUGGAGCAUUUAAUGUUCCCAGUGUCGAUGUUAGUCGACUACAUCCGCGUUUACCAAGACUCCAAGGCUAUGAACGUUGGAUGUGACCCGAAGGACUUCCCGACGGGCGAAUAUAUCAACAAAUACCCAGAGGCCUACUCGAAUCCCAAUCUAACUACUUGGAAGGACGAUUACAAACAGUCAUGGCCGAAAAACAAUUUGAUAGACACUUGCUAAUAGACACUUUAGAUAUGUUAUGAUUAUGCAUGUAGACAGACAAGAACAACUACGAGGGAAUUUAUAUAUGUUUCAGGAAAGUUGUA